AGUGGACAACAGUGAGGAGUUUUUGCGGAGUGUGGUAAGUGCUGAGCUUAUUCAGGUGGAGGUGAGCCCAGGAUGCUAAGAGAUCACCUGACAGGUGCCACCCAUCAGGCCAGAGGGUGGAGGUCAUGGCCCAUGUAGUAGGGUGGUGCUCAUCAUCUCCUUGCUCGCAUUCCCCCAUAAAAUCCUUACUCCUAAGCCCUCUUGUCCCCUGUGUGCCUUGUUCAGAGUUAAUUGAACCAUACCAGACAAUUGAGCCUGGAGCAGUGGUUCUCAGGUACAGUUCUUGGAGCACCUGCCGAGCACCUCUUUCCUGAGGAAAUGGCCUCUGGAGUUGUCCUGCAUGGAAAGGGGCAUUUUUCACAUAAGCACUUGGUGACUCUUCAGUGCACCUGAGUUGGAAAGCCACUGCCUUAGAAGAAAGCAGAUGGCAGCACUUUUCAGAUUCGGAAUUUGGAUGAAGGGAUGCUGAUGAAUCUGUCAGGGAGGUGAGGCAGGCGGGGGGCUGGGACAGUGUCUUACUCCCUGUGCAUGUUGAAGUGGAGAAUAUCGGUCUGCUGAAAGGGGCAGGAGAAGGGAUCAGACAAGAAGAAAGGAGAGACUGCACACCAUGCUGCCCCUGGGAGAGAAGAGUAGCCUCCUCGGUUCCUGAUGUCAAAGUCCUCAAUCCCAGGCCCCUGUACGUGAGGAGAGCUGGGUCACAUGUCUGUCAAGACCUCUUACCAGAAGGAGAGUCACCUUUUUUGCCGCUGAUUGUUUUUGCAGUUUAUAUACAUCUUGUCCACUUAGGACCCACUUGGUGUCCUUCUUGGUAGGCGUGGCUGUUGCCAUGGAGAAGCUGUCCUGGGGAAGUGGGGGCCGAGUGGGUAGAGCAGUUAUGCUUUUGAUUGGCCAGACUCGCUGUCCCAGGAAGAGGUCACCUGGCAUCUGGUCUGCCCCAGCGAGGGUGAGGUAAUACAUGCUCAUGGUAAAAAAUAAAAAUAAAAACUAAAAACAAAAGGAGACUAUACAAUGAAAAAGUACCUUCGUUUUGACUCAGUUCCUGUGGAUAGCUGCUUGGUCUGACGUUCCAGAAAGGAUCCUGUUUCCUGACAGCCAGAGACUCGCACCAGGGAGGCCAUCAGCCCUAAGGAGUGCCAGCCUUGGGUACGAGAGAGGCCAGAGAACUGCCAGGCACUGCCCCUGUGCUAGAGCACUGCAAGGAGAUGCACCAGCCCGACGACGACAGCAGCAGCGACAUGACCAGUGACGAUGAGAUGAGCCCCAACAGAGGAGCCCCACCACCUAGACCAGGCCGCUCGUCCAGCAGUGACCGGGAGCGGGAAUGGGACCGGAGGGGCCGGAGCCGAGACACGGAGCUUCGAGACCGCUGGUUGUACACCAGGAGCCCUAGAAGCAGGCUGCCUCAGCGGGAUCUUUCCCUUCCUGUGAUGACGAAAAGAAGAUUUGGAAUUGAAAGAGAUGACAGGGACUCGAUGGAUUAUGAGUCCCGCUCCCAGGAUGCGGAAUCAUACCAGAAUGUCGUGAACCUCAACCAGGACAGGAAACCUCAGAACCCAGUCCAGGACAACAUGGAGAACUACAGGAAGUUGCUCUCUCUGGGGGUACAACUUGCUGAAGAUGACCGCCAUUCCCACAUGACCCAAGGCCACUCAUCAAGGUCCAGGAGAAGUGUCUACCCAAGCACCAGCCGAGGUCUGAAAACCAUGCCUGAAGCCAAGAAGCCCUCUCACCGGCGCGGAAUUUGUGAGGACGAAUCUUGCCAUGGAGUGAUAAUGGAGAAGUUCAUCAAGGAUGUGUCACGUGGCCCCAGAUCAGGAAGAGCAAGGGAGCUGGAGGAUCGGCCACAGAGGCUCCCCAGAAUGCCAGAUGAUACCUGGAAGGACGCUGCCUUCAGCAGGAGGGAGUCAGUGAUCCAGGAGAGGGGUUCUGAAGGGAGUGCCUUCAGGGGGGGCUUCAGGUUCAACUCAAGCCUUGUUUCCAGAAAGAGAGUUCUAGAAAGAAAAAGGCGCUAUCAUUUUGACACAGUCCAUGAUCAUAAUGGCUGUGCCAGAAAGAAGCCCUUUGACUGUGGCAGUGAGAUGAGAAAGGCCAUGAGCAUGAGUAGCCUAAGUGGCCUCGGCUCCUCCUCCUAUUCCGAGUCACAGUCAGUGGACUUUGGGUCCAUGGCGUAUGUGUGUGAUGAGUGUGGGCGGUCAUUCAGUGUCAUCUCAGAGUUUGUUGAGCACCAGAUCAUGCACACCAGAGAGAACCUCUAUGAGUAUGGGGAGUCCUUCAUUCACAGUGUGGCAGUCAGUGAGGUUCAGAAAGGUCAGGGUGGAGGGAAACGCUUCGAGUGUAAGGAGUGUGGGGAAACCUUCAAUAAGAGUGCUGCGCUGGCUGAGCAUCGGAAGAUCCAUGCUAGAGAGUGCCGUGCAGAGCGCAGGGAGCAGGAGCACGAGGAGACCGUCAUGCCUAGCCCAACCUUCAGUGAGCUUCAGAAGAUAUAUGGCAAAGACAAAUUCUAUGAGUGCAGGGUUUGUAAGGAAACCUUCCUUCAUAGUUCCGCCCUGAUUGAGCACCAGAAGAUCCACAACAGAGGGAAUUUUGGAGAAGACAGAGAUAAUGAGCGUGAGCCUGAGCGUGAACAUCGGGAAACUUUCAUGCCCAACGCAGCCCUGAAGGAAUUUCAGAAAAUGUAUGAUAAGGAGAGGAUCUAUGAGUGUAAGGUUUGUGGGGAGACCUUCCUUCAUAGCUCAUCCCUGAAGGAACAUCAGAAAGUCCACACCAGAGGAAACCCAUUUGAAAACAGAAGCAAAGUGUGUGAGGAAACCUUUAUUCCUGGUCAGUCCCUUAAAAGGCGUCAGAAGACUUACACCAAGGAGAAGCUCUUUGCCUUCACAGAUGGCAGGGAUGCCUUCAUGCAAAGCUCCGAUCUCAGCGAGCGUCAGAAAAUCCAUGCUCGGAAGAACUUCUUUGAAAGCAGGGCAUACGAGAAAUCUGUCACUCACAGCACGCCCUUCACCGAGUCUCAGAAGAGUCACACUAUAACAAGACCCCCUGAAGAUGAGGAGGAUGAGAAGGCGUUCACCAUCAGCAGCAACCCUGAUGAAGACCAGCGGGUGUCCACCACAGGGCGAUUCUACAAGAGGUCUGUGAUCCACAGCUUUACCCCUGCUGAGACUCUGAGAAGUCACAGUGUAGCAGGGCCCAGUCAACUAAAAGCAGUCGCAGAGUCCACCAUUCAGAGCUCAGCUGCCGCUAGGAGCGCCUGUGAAGGGAAGGAGCACAAGAGGUCUGUCAUCCAUAGCCUGGCUGCUCCCAGACCCCUGAAACGUCACAGUGGAAAUGGGCAAAAUGAAUGUGAUGAGAAGGGAGAAUCCUCCAUUUAUAUCUCAGACCUUAAUAAUAAGCGACGGAAGAUUGCUGCCAGAGAGAACCCUUCUGAAGCGGGUAAGAAUAACAACUAUAAGGAUUCUGUUAUGCCGAGUGUAUCUCAUGCUGAACCUCAAAGAAGUCUCGCUGGAGAGGGAUCCAGUGAAUUCAAGCAAGAUGCCAAAUUUUCUCUUCCCAGCUCAAAUGUCCGUGAACACCAGAAGGCGCGUGCUAAAAAGAAGUACAUCGAACACAGGGGCAACGAGACCUCUGUAAUCCAUUCCCUACAUUUUGGUGAACUGCAAACAGUUCGCCCUAGAGAGAAGCUGUAUGAAUGUCAGGAAUGUGGGGAGUGCUUUGCUCGUAGCUCUGACCUCACUGAGCACCAGAAGAUUCACAAUAGAGAGAAGCCCUCUGGAAGUAGAAUUUAUGAGCGAUCUGUCAUUCGCAGCUUGGCCCCUACUGACCCUCAGACGAGUUAUGCCCAAGAGCGCUAUGCUGAAGAGCAAGCACGCUACAAACGUAGAGAGUCAGGGCAGAGCUCUGCUUUCAGCAGCUUCUUCCGUGCACGUCAGAACAUCUACACCCAAGAAAAGUCCUCUGGCAAGGCCACCCGAGGUCAGGAGCCCCACAGCAGAGAGACCCGUGCUCGGGAGCCCCACAGAGAGGACACUCAUGCUUGGGAGCCCCAUGGAGAGGACACUUGUGCUUGGAAGCCCCAUGGCGAGGAUACCCAUGCUCAGGAGCCCCACAGAGAGGAAACUCCUGCCCAGGAGCCCUAUGGCAAGGAGAUCUGUGCUCAGAAGCCCCAUGGAGAAGAAACUCCUGCUCAGAAGCCCCACAGAGAGGAAACUCCUGCCCAGGAGCCCCAGGGUGAAGAGACCCGUGGUCAAGAGCCCCCUGGAGAGGAAACUCAUCAUCAGGAGACCCACAGUCAGGAGCCCCACAGUGAGGAGACCCAUGGUCAGAAGCCCCAUGGCAAGGAGCCCCGUGGCCAGGAGCCCCGUGGCCAGGAGCCCUGUGGUCAGGAGCCCCGUGGCGAAGAGCCCCGUGGUCAGGAGCCCCAUGGUGAGGAGCCCCAUGGUGUAGAAGCCCAUGGUGAGGAGACCCACCAUCAGGAGAUGGUUGAAGACACUGUCAUUCAGGGGUCAGAUCUGGAGGAGCCCCAGAAGGAUGACCCAAAUGACACAAUCUAUGAAUGUCAGGACUGUGGGCUGGGAUUUGCGGAUCUCACAGAUCUCACAGGUCAUCAGGAUGUCCACAUCAGAAAGAGUGUUGACAGUAGCAAAGACACAGAGUCUCAAGUUCACGUCCAUUCCAUCAAUGAGUUUUCGAAGGAGUUCACUGGUGAGCAGCUCUUUGAAUGCCCAAAAUGUGGGGAAUCUUUUAUUCAUAGCUCCUUCCUUUUUGAGCAUCAGAGAGUCCAUGAGCAAGACCAGCUGUACUCCAUGAAGGGAUGUGAUGAUGGUUUUAUUUCCCUCUUGCCUGUGAAGCCACGGAGGAAUCGUGCUGCGGAGAGGAAUCCUGCUCUUGCUGGGUCGGCCAUUCGAUGCCUUCAGUGUGGACAGGGCUUCAUUCAUAGCUCUGCUCUCAAUGAGCACAUGAGACACCACAGGGAGGAUGAAUUACUGGAGCAGAGCGAGAUGGCUGAGGAAGUCCUCAUUCAUGGCUUCGCCCUCACCGAGUUCCAGGGAAGUGAGACCGAGGAGAAGCUCUUUGAAUGCACAAUAUGUGGAGAGUGCUUCUUCACUGCCAAAGAACUUGGCGAUCACCACACCAAGGUCCACAAGGAUGAGCCCUAUGAAUAUGGGCCCUCCUACACUCACACUUCAUUCCUUGCAGAGCCCUUCAGGAAACCAAUGCCAUUCUAUGAGUGCAAAGAUUGUGGGCAGGCCUUUAUCCACGACACGGUCCUAACCAAGCACACGGUGUUUCACCCUGAGGAAGAGGAGGAGGAAGAGGAGGAGGAGGAAGAGGAGGAGGAAGAGGAGGAAGAAGAAGCUGCUGCUGCCCAGGAAGUUGAAGCCAAUGUCCUCGUUCCACAAGAAAUCCUGCGAAUUCAGGGGUCAAACAUAGAAGCUGCUGAGCCAGAGGUGGAGGUUGCCGAGCCCGAGGUAGAGGCUGCCGAGCCAGAAGUAGAAGCUGCCGAGCCAAAUGGAGAGGCCGAAGGGCCAGGAGGAGAGGCCGCAGAGCCCCAUGGAGAAGCCGAGCAGCCAAUUGUGGAUGCAGAUGAGCCAGAUGGUGUAGGGAUUGAAGACCCAGAGGAGGGAGCCCAAGGGCCAGAAGGAGAUGCCGACGGGCCUGAGGGCCUAGGAGUGGGAGAUCCGGAAGAGGAGGGUGAAGACGAGGAGAUUGAGGUGGAAGAGCCCUAUGAUGGCUACAAGGAGUGCACAGAGACCUUCCCGUGCAGCGCAGCCUUGGGUGGGCCCCUGAAGGCCCAGGCCAGCAUGGUCAUGCUGGAGCCCGCGGGCGCCCCGGGGGAGUGCUCAGGCUACAUCCAGCGUGCCAGCACCAGCACCGGAGGCACCCAGCCAGCCGACGAGAAGCACUUCAGAUGUGAUGUCUGUGGGCAGCUCUUCAGUGACCGCCUGUCCCUUGCCAGGCACCAGAACAGCCACACUGGCUAAGUGUAAAAGUUGGAAAACCUCCACCUAGAACUGGACCCUUACCCAACACAAGACUAUGAUAAUGUCAGUAGGAAACUUACCUUAGCAUGUGCACACCUGACUUAACAUCAGACAGCUCAGAUUAGCCAGACAGCGUGGAUACUCCUUCAGCCUUAGCUCUCCCCGUGAGCAUCAGCGUCUGCACGGGGAAAGCUAUAGCACAUAUCUUACGUCUAUCCCAGCUACCAGAUUGAGUCAACCCGACAGAUUGGCCCAAUCAUCUGUAAAUGAUGCUCCUAUAACCUAAACAGAAGGUUCCCUGCAGUGUAUAUAAAUGAGCAGAACGUAGCAAAAUGGGGAUCACGUGUUUGGGUUUAAUAUGAUACACAGUUGCAAUUUACUGUGCAGAGGUAUCUCACCUGACACUCUAAUUUUUUGUUCUUGGAGGAGGGAGAGAGCAACAAAGUAGAAUAUAUCUGUAAGUGUCUUUGGUCUCAGAAAGAUUCCUUGUGCAUUAUUUGAACCCCGUCAGUAUCUUUGACUGCUACGUUUCUAAUCUCGUGAAGGUGUAGACAGGAAAAGUAACAUGACUUUAUUCUUUGCUGUUUGAAAAAAGGGGUGAUUUUCGCUUCCUUGUACAGCCAUUUCGUCUGCACCAACACCUUGCGACCUGACGCUGUGUGAGCCUUUACAAUUUAUAGGUUGGCCUUUGUGACCCAGGUCAACCUGUCCCCUUUGUGUGUACCUUGCAGUGGUUCUCGUGCGAAAAUAUUACAAUUUGGGUGUUUUUUUUAAAGUGUUUUUUUUUAAACCAACAUAAUGUGUGUUCAGUAGUGAAUUUAAAAUGUGAUGCUUUUCCCCAUAAAUCCUAAGUCUUUGCCUUUAAAGAAUGGGUUGCAACCAUCACUAGAUCACAGUAGUGCCUAAUGAAGGUUGAGAACCACAGGACAGACUCGCUGCUGUACAUAAGGAAGCAGGCUGACAACCUUUCAUCACUUCUUCUGAAUGCUUCCUGCCUUAAGUGACAAGUAGCAACAUGGCUUGAGUCACCUAUGUGGCAUGUGUGCUGCCACAAGUCAGUUUGCUCCCUGGGUGCCCAGGAGCUAGUAUCCUUAGAUCUUUCUAUUGCUUAAACCUAAUUCUCUUCUUUACCUGACUCUCUAAUCCCAUGUCUAACUUGCAUUUUAAAAAAAUUAAAAAGUGUUAAAAAAAAAAAAAAAAAAAAAAAAAAAAAGCUUCCUUUACAGUUAGCCCAAGCUUAACACGGACUCAGGUUCCCCGGCAGCCUUAAUCUGUUUUGUUUCCAUCUGUUCUUCUCUUCAGGCCUUCUAGGCGCUUCUGACCUAUCCAUAGGUGUCGUGUCGUCCCAUCUCGGUUUUCCUCUUGAUCACACACUGACCUCAGCCUGAGGUCUCCCCUGUCCUGUGCUGUGGACAUCCAGUGCUCCUUUGCUUCUCCCCUCGCAUAAUGGCUAUAUUAAGAAAAUUUUUGGCCUUGAGUUGGCUGGAAAAAAAAAAAAAACUUUAAAAUUUUUAAAAAUUAAAAAAAAAAAAAGCGGAUCUCUAUUGAAGUAAGCAAAAGACAAGCGCAGAUCAUUUGAACAAGCAAAAUUAAAAUAUCCACCGAGGGAAACGUAUUUGAAUCUUACUCUUUUAGAUCCGCAGGUCUAGGGCUCCCGGGGAGUGUGUCCAAGCUGCAGGGAAUGCCAAAGUCUAGGAGGCUGGAGAGCUGAGAGCAAGAAACAGAAUUGAGUAAGCCAAAGAAGGGCAUCCUAGCACACCCGCAGACCCAGGAGACAGAGGGAGCGCCAGAGCAGGGGUGAGGAUGGGUGGGUGGUGUCCUGGAGGCAGAGUGUGGGAAGCUGCACAGAAAGACCCAUAGUCGGAGCAGGCAUCCAGGGAAACGCCCGUGAGGCAUCCCCAGUGAGAGGGCCCUGGACUGGGAUCAGUGUGGAUGUCAUCAGAGUGAAUUUGGGGGUUCAGUGCCAUAGGCGGUGUGAAUCACUAGACCCUUUUCAGAAAGCAACUUGCCAAGAAGGGUGUCUGUUCCAACCUUACGUGUAUGAGAAAUUGGAAACUUAAAUGCCAAACAGUAGACUAAGAAUUAAGUGAACGUAUCUUUGGACUCUUAUGCAGCUGUUUAAAAAUGAUAAUCAUAAAGAGUUAUGUAGCAACAUGGAAAUAUAUUUACGGAAGAUUAAGUGGAGAAAGCAGGACACAAAAUUAUAUUUAUACUACAAUUAUAACUUUAAAAUGUAUGCUUAUAGUCAAAAGCUGUUGUGUUGUUGUACGCUUAUAGUUGAGCAUCAUUUUCUUAACUUUCUUGAAUGUUCUUUAUGGUAGUGCUGUUAAAGUUGAUGAUCACAUUUCCAUUGUGAACAUAAUUGGAAUUCAUCAAACACUUGGAAAACACAAAGUGGAGGAAAAAUUCCAUAUCCCCACCAUCCAAAGACAGAUUCACUCGAAAGCAUCCUGUUUAUUCUUGUUUCUUUACACAGGUUUAUAAUUAUAACCACGUCAAAACGUGUGUUCAAGAUAGCUGUAUGGUACCCUUUUGGAAUUAUGGUUAAAUCCUUUUAUCUUAAUUUUUCCAGUGUUCCUUAUAAUGGUGUCCUGAUAACAUUUAUUGUGUAUGUCUACAUUAUAAGUGUAACAUAUACCCAGAGGAGAAAUUAGAAAACAGAGCAGAAUUGGAAAAUAAAAACGAUUCACACACAUCCCCAGCCCAUGGACUCCGCCAGCAUCUCGGUCCUUUCCUCCACGUUGUUCCAGUGCACAGCCUGUGGGUGUGAUGGUGUUCAAUGUGUGUGCAUCAAAUCAAAAAGUGAAAAAAAAUGUGAAAAAUAAUUAAAUUAGUGUUGUCAUUGUGGGAUUCUGGCUACAUAUUUUGUCUAAAAUUUCUUGAAUAAUCUUUGGUGUUUUGGUGACAAAUUUAAUGUAUGUAUUUUCCCUUUACAAAUAUAAUACAUACUCAUAGAAAACUGGGAAGUUAGUAAAAGAGAAGGAAAUUCACCUGUAUUCCCAAGAAUUGCUGCUGCUAACACGUGGGGCUGUGGUCUGGGGGCUCACGAUACGUCCCCAUGCGUGUCGGAGACGGGAAGACAGAGCGGCUGAGAGCUACAGGUGGUUGUGGGGUUACAGGGAAGCGUGCUGCCUCAGUUUCUCUGAGUGGCCUUUGUCGGUGGUCAGUAGUCCCCUUCACCCCCUACGUUCCCAUCACCCAUGCAGUAUGUGUCCACUAUAGUAAACCUUGACAUUGUGGAAAUGUAGAAGAGAAACUCAUCCAUGUUUCCACCGUCCGACGACUGUGGUCAGCAUCUUGAUGUGUCUUCAUCAUCAUCUUUCUUGUGCACAGGUUUUCGAUUUGUUGAUAUGGUUGUGAUCGUUCUAUCUGUAAUAGUGUCAACAAUAAAAAUAAAGUUAAAAAUAA